GAAACAAAGUUGAAGUGGGUUGGUUCUUGACCAUUGCAUUCAGCAUGGGAUAUCUCUUGCAAAAACAGAGAAUCAAUACAAUUAAACUUAGUGUUGUUUACAGAAAGUUCUGGAUUGAGAAUUCAGUGAGAAUAUCUCAUCUCAAUCUGGGUUGAAAGAUGCAUAUCCCCUCUCUUAACACCACGUGUCAAGCCCGAAGACCAUAAAGAAGGUUAUUCUAGGAAUAAAUCUUAGAUUCAAGAAAUUAUGAUCACCAGCGAACCUGAUUUGGCAUCAAAAUCUCCAGGAAUGGAAGAUGUUCAGCAAUAUCAAUACGCUCCUCUUCUUGAACUUGAUGCAUUUCGUAUCAUCGUCAUUCAUCUUGCCUUAUCCAUCGAAUCACCUUUAUCAUGCAGCUUAAUCCAUUCUAAUUUAUUCUAUUGUAACCGACCUCUCAUAGAUAAUUACUCAGCACUUUCUUAUGUCUGGGGAGAUGCAAAUAACAGGAAGACAGUAUUAGUCGAUGAGAAACCACUACUUGUUUCCGCAAGUCUUGAUUUGGCAUUGCGUCAUCUACGAGAUAGCAAAAAAGAUAUAAUGAUAUGGGCAGAUGGAAUCUGUAUCAAUCAGUCUGACUAUGAAGAAAAGAAUACACAAGUUAAUUUGAUGGCCCUAAUUUAUGAAAUUGCAAGGCAUACUAUCAUAUUUCUUGGAGAGACCACCCCAGAAGCCGAUAAAAUCUUUGAAUUAUUGCUCCCUCCAAUAUCAUUAUUGCAGAAGCAAAUCAAACCCGUACGUUUAUUUAAUGUGCGAGCGUCGCAUAAUAUGGACUCGUUUGAUCUGGAAGCGAAAGAAGAUAUGGAGUCGAAAGUUCAUGAUCUAAUUCGUCACGUAUUAGAUAUGCCAUGGUUCAGAAGAAUCUGGAUUCUUCAAGAAUUAGUUCUUUCCGUUGAUCCUUGGGUACAAGUGGGAAAUCAUCAUCUCAAAUGGAACUCUUUCAAGAGUCUCAUUUUCGAAUCCAAUUUUAAGCAUAACUCUGCAUGGGUCAAGUCUCCAAAUUACAACGUUCUGGCCGACUUGUGCAUGUUACGCGAGAAUUUUGCAUCGAGGACUUCGGAGAGCUCCGACCCAUGCGAUUAUAUGCUUCAGAUUCUUCACUCGCGUCGUGGAUAUGACGUCUCCGAUCCAAGAGAUAUGUUGUAUGGACAUCUUGCCAUGUUUGCAAACCUCACAAAAAGCAAGAACCCAAAAAUCGAAAGAUUAGUCGAGAUUGAUUAUCGGAAAACAGUAGCAGAUGUUUAUACGGACUUGACAUUGUAUAUUUUGAAUCGACAAUCUGAUUUUGGAUUCCUGUCGCAUGUGGAAGAUGUGAACUUCGAAGAGAGGAAAGGGAACCUGCCGACUUGGGUGCCGGAUUGGACCUCGAAUAAAGUUUCCACGGAAGCGAAGUGGCAUUUGGAGCGAAUGAAGACACGUAACAGGCUUCGUGAUGUGAGCGAUAUACAUGUAGUUGUGGGAGAAAAGGCGGUAUUGGGUUGUAUUGGAACAAGGGUUGAUUGUGUGGAAGUUGUUAAGAAUGAGAUUCCAAGGAGGGAGGAUAUUUUUGCUUUGUGUCACAAAAUCAGAAAUUGCUCUGGAAAUAGAUUUUUUCUAGCGUUUUAAUUUUCAGCUAAUGAGAUACUACCUCUCUUAUAUGAAAAUUUCUGUGCUUGGUUAAAUACAUCAGAUUCCA